UUUCCGGUCGACGUUAACAGAAAUCCCAGUCUCUUCAUAAGGCUGAAUCGAGUGUUAAUAUAAUGGAAAUCAGCAAACCUCUCUUCACCGAGGCGCUCUCCGCUAUUCUGGGAGUCACGGUCAAAUUCCAGUCUGACUGUAAGCAUUCAGAUGGAGUCAUACAAUUGGAUAUCACCAGUCUUACGACCAUCGCCCUUCUUGGUCUCGAAGCACUCUCGCUUGCCGACCAACCUGUGUCAUAUCUGACAUCUUUACUGACACGGUUGUUUGUUGGUGAGCAGAAAAAAGAAAACACUAGUGCUUCUCUCCGUGAUGCAGUAUUUGCAAUCCCGGAUGACUUUUUCGACCCAAAGUUUGACUUUGACUUCACGGACAUGCGCGAGUCCGGAUCUGAUCCCGCGUGCACUCGCGGGGACGAGCCGUACAAGCGGCCCUACGGCUGGAUGCGCUUCGCCCUGAAGGUCCGGGACAAGUAUCCGGACGGGAACGGCUGGCUGGGACCGGACGGAUGGAGGAGCCGUUCAGAGCCCGGGGAGUGGCCCGUCUCCUACCACGGGACAGGUCUGAAGGGGGCCGAGGGCAUCGUGCAGACCCACUUCAGGGCUGGGGGAGGUCAGGCGUACGGGAGAGGCGUUUAUUCAUCUCCAGACAUCAACAUGGCAGAAAUGUAUGCUGAAGUGGGGAAAUUCAAGUCGCAAAAGAACGGGAAGACUUAUAGAGUCAUCAUGCAGAACAGAGUUAACCCUAAGAAGAGGGAAAUCGUGGACAAAGACAUCUGGUUGGUCCCUAUACCGGAAGGGACAUCUGCUGCGAAAGAGAAAGAAAUAGUGGAGAGCUCAAUCCGACCUUAUGGCCUUCUGCUCAAAGAGGUGUAGGGAGGCCAACAGUAGGGCUCUAGCACAUGAUUUCCAAAUGCUUAACAUUAUACACUCUGUGUUCAACAUCAUAUGGAAUGUAUUUAAAAAAAAAAGCAUAUAAAAUGUUUGUUUUGCACAUCAUUAAGAUGUCUAUUUGUAUCUCUGGAGAUCAAGUGUUAGGCCUUGUGGUGUUAUUUAAAAGCGGUGCAGUAAGUAAUUUUUCUCCGAAAAGAGUUUUCUGGAAGUGAUCUAAAGUGGCUUUCAACAGUUUAUAGCCCCCCCAAAACAGGUGUAAAAUGAACAUUUAUCAAACGGAGUCUGAGUAUUAACUAAUGUGAUCAUUUCCCCCUUCACCUCCACCCGUGGUUUCACAGACCAGUCUAAGUCUUGGACUAAAAUGUAAAUCUGAGCCGUUUCAACCGAGAGACACUUGCGACGUGUCUGGUCUUAUAUAUUAGUGAUUUCUUACAAGAUGCUUUCAUAGGAGGUAGAAAAACAUGCUGCAGAUGCAAUAAAAUAAAACCAAAUAAAUGUCUAAAUCACUAGGCCCUGUA